AUGGUGGUGUCCAAUAUCAGCGCAGGAACUGUCCGAGAAGAACUAAAGAAGUUUCAAUCCAAUAAUUCUCAUCCUUCGCACAAACAAGCAUACAUUAGUGCGGAAGUAGACACUUUCGUCAGCAUUAGUGGUCCACCCUCAACGUUAGAAUUGGUAGCAAACCAUUUCCGCAGCCAUGUCCACGAGAUUCCGAUGAGGUUACCAAUUACUGCGGCAUAUCAUGCAUCACAUCUACCGAAACCGGAUUUGAAUAAUACGGUCCGGUGCGCAGAGGUUCCAGACUUGCCCAUCAGAGAGAAAGUGAACCUGGUAUCGACCACCUCUGGAGAGCUGUAUGAUGCGCGGUCAUUACACCAAGUUCUCGGCUGUAUUCUCAAAGAUAUAUUCCAAACUCCAAUAUCGUGGGACAACUCUCUUCAAUCAGUCAGGAAGUUCUGUCGAGGAGAGACCGCUAUUGUCUCAGGUAUUGGGCCAACGAAUUUGAACAAAACACUUUGUCGGGCUUUGUCUCAAGAAGGAGUAGACACCAUUGAGGCUCCUCACCUUAUAGAGGAGACAGAAUGCCCCAUCCGCAAUAAUCCAAAUGAUGUUGCUAUAAUUGGUAUGGCAGGUCGAUUCCCUGGAGGCGAGGAUCUUGAUGAGUUUUGGGAGACCAUCAGCAAAGGACGCGAUAUGCACACGAAGGUUGAAACUUCUUCUUAG